AUGAAGUUUUCAACAGCGGCGGCUUUGGGCGCCUUGGUGUUCGGCCUGUCGCAUGCCACUGAUCCCAUCACGCCCGACAAGGCUGUCAAGGACAUCCGAGUUCGAGAAUUGGAAAACGUGCUGUGGCACUUGCAAAAGAUUGCCCGCGACAACGGCGGGAACCGCGCCCACGGCCUGCCCGGCUUCAAGGCGUCCCGGGACUUUGUCCUCGAGCGCGUGCAGAAGCGAUUUGGCGCACGCCUCGACACGUACGUGCAAGAGUUCAACCACACCUUUUCGCAGGUCCGCAAGAUUGAGCUCACGGGGCCGUCGGGCGAGGCGGUCGAAGUCAUCGCCCUGCAGUAUGUGUCGUCGACGCCGCUGCCCGACGGCGUGACGGCGCCGCUCCUCGACACGCCCGUCGACGACACGCGCGGCUCCAUGUGCUUCGCCGACCAGUGGGAGGGCAUCGACGCCGCCGGCAAGAUCGUGUUGCUUAAGCGAGGCACGUGCGCCAUCUCGGACAAGCUCAAGCUCGCUAAGCAGCACGGCGCGCUCGCCGCCGUGCUCUACCACAACGCCGCCGGCACCCCGGCCGGCGCGACCCUCGGCGCCGCCAACGUCGGCCUCGUCGUGCCCGUCGGCCUCGUGACCCGCGACGUCGGCGAGGGGUGGAGUAAGAGGCUGGCAGCAGGGGAGAAGCUGAGCGUGAAGCUGCUGGUGGAUGCCAUUUUCGAGCCGCGGCCGGGCUGGAAUAUCAUCUCGGAGACGAAGCUCGGAGACCCGAACAAUGUCGUCAUGCUCGGCGCGCAUCUGGACAGCGUGCAGCCCGGACCCGGCAUCAACGACGAUGGCAGUGGCACGGCUGCGUUGCUGGAAAUCGCCACGUCGUUCCAAAAGUACACUGGUUUCAAGAACAAGAUUCGCUUCGCCUGGUGGGGCGCUGAGGAGCUUGGACUGAUUGGCUCGCUGUACUACACCACGCACCUGUCCGACGCGGAAAAGGACAAGAUCAAGUUCUACUUCAACUACGACAUGAUUGCCAGCCCCCAGCCCAAGUUUGUCGUCUACGCCGACAACGAAGCCCACGAAUACGGCGCCAUUCCCCUCUUUGAGUACUUAAAAGCCGCCGGUGUCGCUCCUGAAUACGCUAAAUUCGGCUCCUCCUCCGAUUACGUCGGCUUUCUCAACGCCGGCAUCCCCAGUAGCGGCCUCUUUACCGGCGCCGGCGCUCCCUUUGACGAAUGCUACCACCAGCUCUGCGACAACCUCAACAACAUCAACUGGGACGCAUAUGAGAAGAAUGCCAAGGCCGCGGCGUAUGUGGCGGCCGAGUUUGCGCUGAAUCUGGACGGCGUGCCGUCACGUAACAAGACGAGCUCGAAUCCGCAGUCGGCGCGCGGUGUGCAGAACAGUUUCCGCGACUGGUCGAGUGGCAUUCAAGUCGAGGAGACGCACGCGAGCUGUGGCGGUGAGCUCACCUCCGUCUAG